AGGUGGGGGGGAAAGGAAAGGCCUGGCUUGGGGGCUCCCUGCUUAAGAACUGUGUUUGAUCCAGACAGGCUUCAUUGCCCAAUUUUUGUGAGGCACCUCGUUGGGGAGAACUGUUGAGUGGAACAAAUGGUUUCUGCUCCUCCUCUUGUUGUGUGAGAAGUCCAGAGAACAGCGCAGGACCUUGACCUGCUGGGUGCAGGAGAUAACAGAUGAAUUCAGGAGGCUGGCUUAUUAAGUUAAGCAAAGGACUGUCUUUGGAGGUUAUGACCAUCCUCUGUCGCUGUGAGAAUAUUGAGACGUCGGAGGGGGUCCCACUGUACGUAACAGGGGUUGCACAGGUGAAGAUAAUGACCGAGAAGGAGCUCCUGGCUGUGGCCUGUGAGCAGUUCUUGGGGAAGAACGUGCAGGAUGUGAAGAACGUGGUUCUUCAGACACUGGAGGGGCACCUGCGCUCCAUCCUAGGUACGCUGACAGUGGAGCAGAUCUACCAGGACAGGGAUCAGUUUGCCAAACUGGUGCGGGAAGUGGCAGCUCCUGACGUGGGUCGCAUGGGUAUCGAGAUCCUGAGCUUCACCAUCAAGGACGUCUAUGAUAAAGUGGAUUACCUGAGCUCCCUGGGAAAGACUCAGACUGCGGCUGUCCGAAGGGAUGCAGACAUCGGUGUGGCAGAAGCCGAGCGAGAUGCCGGCAUUCGGGAGGCAGAGUGCAAGAAAGAAAUGCUGGACGUCAAGUUCAUGGCAGAUACUAAAAUAGCAGAUUCCAGGCGGGCUUUUGAGUUGCAGAAAGCUGCCUUCAGUGAGGAGGUCAACAUUAAGACUGCAGAGGCCCAGCUGGCCUACGAGCUCCAGAGCGCCCGGGAGCAGCAGAAGAUCCGCCAAGAGGAAAUUGAAAUCGAGGUGGUGCAGCGCAAGAAGCAGAUCGAUGUGGAAGAGAAGGAGAUCAUCCGGAUGGAGAAGGAGCUGAUAGCCACUGUGAAGCGGCCGGCCGAGGCCGAAGCCUACCGUAUCCAGCAGAUCGCUGAGGGCGAGAAGGUGAAGCAAGUCCUCAUGGCUCAGGCGGAGGCAGAAAAGAUCCGCAAGAUUGGAGAAGCGGAGGCUUUUGUGAUUGAGGCCAUCGGGAUGGCGGAGGCUGAGAGGAUGAAGCUGAAAGCUGAAGCACUCAAGCAGUACGGAGAAGCUGCCCAGCUGGCUCUGGUGCUGGAUGCUCUUCCUGAGAUCGCCGCCAAAGUGGCUGCUCCCCUCUCCAAAGUGGACGAGAUCGUGAUCCUCAGCGGAGAGAGCGGCAACACGACGUCUGAGGUGAACCGUCUGCUGGCCGAGAUCCCCGCCUCCGUGCGCGCCAUCACGGGCGUGGAUCUGACAAAGAUUCCCCUGAUCCAGAAAGCCACCGGGGCCCAGGCAUGAGGCUGCCAGCCCAAAGCUAGUGAAGAUCACUCCCUCUUAUGCACUCAGACAUCAACUGCCUUCAACACGUGGAAAUUCCUUUUAUAUCAAAGACAAUUGGAGUUUUAUUUUUAAGCUCUGGUGCCUUAUUUUGUAGGGCCAGAAAGAUGCAUGUCCAGUCAGCUGCUCUUUUUAUUACAAAGGGUGGGAGGGGGAUUUAUUUUGUAACUAACUGUUUAUUGUAUCAGGCCGGGGUUUGGAUCCCGUCCCCAGUUCCAACUGGCAGCUUGUCUGGUGUUGCAAGCCCGGUGCCUUGCUGUUCUCUGUCCUCGGGUGCCUGCCCAGAGCUGGGAGCAGAGGCUGGGUGGGAUGUGGAGCUGUAGGCAGAGAACAGCCAGGACCCAGCUCCCCUGGGUUCCCUGCCCUCCCGCAGCGACCCUCCUGGGCCCUGCCCGUGAGCUGUGGCCGGCUUUCCCCACUCCGUGUCUCGCCCCCAGGGACACCACCGUGCUAGCAAUCCCACCCGGGCUGGGCUUCCUCUCCUGGGAGGGUGACAAUCAGGCACUGCCUUGCUGCCUUCCCUUGGGGAAGUUUUCUCCCGGGAUCUGGAGCGGGGAGAGCUCAGGGGGCUGACGGAGCCCAGCUCAGCGCUGCUCUGAGCCAGGCUUGCCGAGGUCCCACCACCUUGAAUGCCAAAAAGUAGCGCUGUGCCAAAGUCGCCCCGUCUCCGGGGAGGGAGGCGAAACCACCGGAGGCUGCUGUCCCCGAGCGCUGCGGUAUGUUUUGACCCCUCCAAAACUCCUCAAGCCCCGGGUCAGAGGGGGACGGGACGGGCUCUUCCCCCACCGUGGCCUGUAGAGCUGGCCGGGGACCAGUGCCCCCGGGGCUGGUGCCGUGGCCCUGGGUGCUGGCCGGGGGGAUGCCCCAGCAGGCAGUGCUGAAGCCCCUACCUCGCUCAGUCCCCCCUGCCCCUUACGGCCAGUGGCUUUGCUACCCUGAGUGACAAUGUGAAGGAGGUUGUCCCCUCUGCGUGUCCCGUCCUCCCCACAGUGCCACCGGUGCCCGUGCCCCCCUCGACGCCUGUGCUCAGUGUGGCUGGAGCAGCACAACCCCCGUGUGAAGGUCAGCGUGGUGGUGACCUGCGCAGGCACCGCGGGGUGCUGGUGGGGGGGGGGGGUCCCUCACCCACAGCUCAGUGCCACCCACCCCCCCCUUGCCCUAAGGGGGGGGGGUGCAGGACCCAGGUCCCCUUCCCCACUUGUGGCAGUGACCCCAUUACCAUCCCGACCCUCUGCUGCGGUGCCACCCCGUCCCCCUCCCUGACACCAGGGGGUGGGGGGGGGGAUGAACCGGCGUUAUCAGCCCCCGGCUUGCGUGGGUGCCGCCGGCGCAGAUCUGGCACUUGCUGGCGGGUGUGCCGGGCGAGGCCCUAUCUGCAUGUGCGUGUGCAUGCCUGCGUCCCUGCCGCCCUCACCGCUGUACGAUAAUAAAGCCUCGUCACCGCGG